AAUUAUAUUUCUUAUUUCACAAAUAUUUGAGAUAUGGAUGAAAAUGUGAAACUACAUGGGGAUUGGGACAGUCCCUUUAGCAGCAGGGUGAUAUGGGCAUUAAAACUAAAGGGCAUACCCUACCAAUACUUUGAAGAAGACCUUCAUAACAAGAGUGACUUGCUUUUGAAGUACAAUCCAGUCCACAAGCAGAUACCCGUGAUUGUUCAUGGCGGAAAACCCAUAUGUGAGUCCAUGAUCAUCGUCCAAUACAUCGACGAGACAUGGCCACAUGUUCACCCUUUGCUUCCCAAGGACCCUUAUCAGAAAGCCUUGGCUCGCUUUUGGGUCACUUUCUUUGAAGAAAAGGGUUCUUUGAUUUGGAACAUGUUCACAACAAGAGGUGAAGAACAAGAGAAAUGGAAGAAGGAGUACAUAGAGAUGUUGAGAACUAUAGAAGAUGAGGCUCUAAUGAUGAAUAAUAAGAAGUAUUUUUUGGGAGAAGAUAUUGGAAUAUUGGACAUUAGCUUUGGAUGCAUUGCUCAUUGGUUUGAAGUGAUUGAAGAACUUUGUGAAGUAAGGUUGAUUGAGUCAUUCCCUAAAUUGCACUCAUGGAUUCAAAAUUUCAAACAACAUCCUAUCAUCAACCAAAAUCUUCCUCCUCGUGACAAAUUACUUCUCCAUUUUAAAGGUUUGAGGGAAAAGAUCCUAGCGAGGGCUACUUAGUUCAUCAAUAAUAUAUAUGUAUAAAAGGGGUGUGCAACAUCUAAUCUAAUCGAAUUGAACUGAAUUAAUUUAAUCCAAUUAAAUUACAAAAAAGAUAAAUAUUCAUUACAAUUGAAUUGGAUUGAAUGUUAAAACUUAAAAGUUGAAUUUUAAUUUGAUUGGAUUAGUUAUUGGAUGUGUAUCUCAAAAUCUAAUUAAAAACCUA